AUAUAUACACACUUCACACUUGCACAAAAUAGUGAAUAUCACCAAAUAAUAAUGGAGAAAAAAGAACUGGUUCUACUUGAUUAUUGGGUAAGCAUGUUUGGCAUGAGAGUCAGGAUCGCUCUUGCAGAAAAGGGUAUUUCAUACGAGUAUCGUGAAGAGGAUCUGCUCAAAACCAAAAGCCAGCUUCUUUUGGACAUGAACCCGAUUCACAAAAAGGUCCCGGUUCUCAUCCACAACGGCAAACCCAUAUGUGAGUCUAGCAUCAUCGUCGAAUAUAUUGAUGAAGUUUGGAAUGAUAAACCUCCGUUGUUUCCUUCUGACUCUUAUUGCAAAGCUCGUGCCAAGUUUUGGGCCGACUUUAUCAACAACAAGCUAUACCAAGCUGGGAGGAAGCUUUACACUACAAAAGGCGAAGAACAUGAAGCGUCAAGGAAAGAGUUCAUAGAUUGCUAUAAAUUGUUGGAAGAAGAGCUUGGAGACAAGCCUUACUUUGGAGGUGAAAGUUUCGGGUACCUUGAUUUAUCUUUAAUCCCGUUUUACUCGUGGUUUCAAGCUUAUGAAACCUAUGGGAAGAUCAAAAUCGAACAAGAAUGCCCGAAACUGAUUGUUUGGGCUAAAAGGUGCAUUCAAAACAAGGAAAGUGUUUCUAACACUCUUCCUGACCAUGAAAAGGUCUUUGCCAUUGUUCAACAAAUUAGGAAAAGAUAUGGACUAGAUGAUUAGAACUUGUGACAAUAAUAGAGAGAUAUAUAUGUGGUGGUAUUUUCGCUUUGGGGAUAAAAAUUAAGUACAAACACUUGGUUGUGUUUUCUAAGUGAUUAUCUAUAUAUGUUUCACUUAUAAUCAAUAAGAUUUAAGCUGUAUUUAAUUUUAA